AUGGCGAAAGCUAUUCCAGCAUUGAGCCUGAUAAAUCAGGGAAGGAGGAGAGCCAGAAAUGACGCAGCAGGACACCGCUCCAGCUCCCGAGCCAGCAAACAAAACCAGACAGAUUUUUCCAGUCUUACGUCAUCUGUACUUUCUGACUUUCUCAAAUUCUGUCGGCUCAGCUGCUGCAUAACAGCUCCAGUGUGCCCUCCAGCAUCUCUGUGGAUUGUUACCAAGCCUACCGAGUGUUUCUUGACACGACCAAAGGAAACAGAGGAAGCCCGGAAGACCAGGAAGUGGAAAAAGAAGAAAAUUUCUGAUAUUCUUGCAAAAUCAGAACCCAAACCAGGGAGCCCUGGAGACCUUCAGCAGCUUGUCAAGGACCAUUACAGUGGCAGUCGUUCUGUGAUUGAGUUAGAAGAGUUGAACCUACCAGACUCCUGUUUCCUCAAGGCCAACGAUUUGACUCACAGUCUCUCUUCAUACCUAAAAGAAAUCUGUCCUAAGUGGGUCAAACUUCGGAAGACCCACGGCGAGAAGAAGUCGGUUCUGAUGCUGAUUCUCUGCAGCUCUGCUGUCCGAGCCCUGGAGCUCAUCAGGUCACUGACAGCAUUCAAAGGAGAUGCCAAAGUUAUGAAAUUAUUUGCAAAGCAUAUAAAGGUCCAGGAGCAGGUAAAGUUGCUGGAGAAGCGUGUGAUACACCUGGGUGUGGGAACUCCAGGGAGAAUCAAAGAACUUGUUAAACAAGAUGGCCUUAAUUUGAACCCCUUAAAGUUUCUGGUUUUCGACUGGAACUGGAGAGAUCAGAAGCUAAGGAGAAUGAUGGACAUUCCCGAGAUAAGAAAGGAGGUUUUUGAGCUUCUAGAUAUGGGAGUAUUUAGCCUAUGCAAGUCGGAGUCCUUGAAGCUGGGCCUUUUCUAAGCCUGGGUCCUGAUGAAGUGUCCAGUUGCCAGCACACUACAAGUGCUCAGUAACUACCUACCAUGAUGGAAUGAUGUUAACUGCAUCCAUCACCCAGUGGAUCAUUGAGAACGCUUCCUGCGGAUUCUUUGAUGGCUGCCCUUCGGCUCAUGCCUCAUACAAUAAAGAAGCUCUGCCUUGCGUGUGUUGUCUUUGUUGAA